GCGCUCGACGCCGGCAUGCUGCGCCCGCUGCUGCUCGCCGCGCUCUGCCUGGCCGGCCGGCCCGGCCCCGCCCGCGGCUGCCAGCUGCCCUCCGAGUGGAGACCCCUGAGCGAGGGCUGCCGCGCCGAGCUGGCCGAGAUCAUCGUGUACGCCAAGGUGCUGGCGCUGCACCAGGAGGUGCCCGGCCUGUACAACUACCUGCCCUGGCAGUACGAGGCCAGCGACGCGGGGCUCUUCUACUCGGCCGAGAUAGAGAUGCUGUGUGACCAGGCGUGGGGCAGCAUGCUCGAGGUGCCGGCGGGCUCCAGGCUCAACCUCACCGGCCUGGGCUACUUCUCCUGCCACUCCCACACUGUGGUCCAGGAUUACUCCUAUUUCUUCUUCCUCAGGAUGGAUGAAAAUUAUAACCUCUUGCCUCAUGGAGUCAAUUUCCAAGAUGCCAUCUUUCCAGACACCCAAGAGAACCGAAGGAUGUUUUCCAGCCUUUUCCAGUUUUCGAACUGUUCCCAAGGGCAGCAGCUGGCGACAUUCUCCAGUGACUGGGAGAUCCAAGAAGACAAUAGGCUCAUGUGCUCCUCGGUGCAGAAGGCCCUGUUUGAGGAGGAGGACCACGUGAAGAAGCUGCAGCAGAAGGUGGCCACGCUGGAGAAGCGCAACAAGCAGCUGCGGGACCGGGUGAAGAAGGUCAGGAGGGCCCUGCGGCAGGCGCGCAAGAUCGGCCGCCACCUGGAGCUGCUGAACCGGAAGCUGAGCGAGAAGCUGGCCGGCCCGCUCCCGCACAUCAACGCGCUGGGGCAGGAGCCCGCGCGUGCCCCCUACCUGCGGGGGUAGCGCAGCUGGAGCCGGCGCCUCCCGCCGCAGAGGGGGCCUCUCACGGGGCGUGAAAGAGGGAGGCCGGGUUUGUACGUGCCCAUAGUUCAAGAACUCCUGUAGAUGAUAUUUGUAUUCUGCAUUCGGUAGCAUCUAGUUGGUUUCCAAGGCAAGUCUCACUGUCUCCUUGGCUGCAGGCUUCCUGUCCCUCCCUGGCCUGCUCCUAGAUCUGUCCUUGGUGCCAUGGGGACUGUCCUCAGCUUCCAGAAGCAGCCUGGAAAGUACACUUAUUAGGGAAAGAACGCUUUAGAAUCCCUAGAGGUAGAAGAACCCAAGGCCUUUGGCCUUGACUUCUGAAGAAAGGCAGUGUGGUCUCAGCUCAGAGCUGCAGGACAACCAUUAGUUUGGAGGAAUGAUUGGAAGCAAGUCAAGGAACCUUCUGGUGUCAUUAAGACUUAACGAGCUUAUUACAGUUCUGGGAAUGGGGUGGCAGGUAAUUAAACAAGAUGAAUUAUGUGGGAUUUCCCGCAUCAGCUCCCCAGACUUGCAGAGGCUUCGGGAAUUGCCUUUAUGGGCCUGUCAUGUCUCAUCAAACCACGUUCCUAAGUUGAAAGAGCCUGAACAGUAUUUCAGCCACUGCUAAAUUCUAGCUUACGGUUUGUGCAGUAUUUGCUUCCAACUUCUCUGAAUUUGAGGCGAGCUGACCCAGUACGCUGUGAACUUCAGUUGUGCAAAGAUACUUCCUUACCUCCUAGGAGCAGGUGACCUCGCCUCAUCCCCAUCUGGGGUCCCAAAGGCCCUGGUGCAGGCGUUCUGGCCUUGGCUGCUUUAUGAAGGUAUUUCCCACUCACCAGGACUUCCCAGACCCUGGGGUAGUGUCUGCACAUUAGCCCACUUCUCACUGCAUCAGAUCCUGUGUGUAAUCACUUCAUCGUCAUUGGAAAGAAAACUUUCGACACAGUACUGCAAGUAAAAGGUACUGACGACACCUGAGCCCUUGGCUUAGCCACACGGGAUGGAGCCCAGUUGUGGGAUGAAGAAGGCAUUUCAGGGACCACCUCUUGGUUAUCCUCCAAUCCAACCAAUUUCUCUUCCCGGCUGCUCCAGGUGGAAGCUGCUGGCCCCUCAGCAGGGCAUGCUCUCCAUGGACACCCCACCCCACUCCCCCAGACACCGCAGGGCCUGAUCCCGCCCUCCUCCCAUUGGCAAUGCCAGUGUCCCAUGUCCAUCCACUGCCUUACUGCCUUUAGAAAAACCACGUCCCCGUGGCUCUGGCAGCCUGUCAGGGGCAUAAGCCUUAUGUUACCUGAGUCUUGGUGGCAGGUGAUGGCCACAGGGGAGAAAUCAAUGCCCUGGACUGCCCAGCAUGGGGACUUCUGCUCAGGGCUCUUCCUAGCCAAGCUUCCGCCAGCACUUUAUCACCGAAUCCUUCAUAGCGUGUAGAACAGAAGGCGCGUCUUCUAGCUCAUUCUUCCUGGGGACGUUUCACUACAGCAGUUUUGCACCGGAGGGAAUGACAAGCCUAAGGGUGAUGUACAGCCCAUGUCUGGAGAACUGUGGGAGCUGGAUCUCUACGGAUGCAGCAUGUUCUGCCUUUUCAAUAAAUACCAGCAAUGUUUCGGCUA